UCAAGGCAAAGGCUUCUCUGGCGGCCUCCAGCAGAUCAAAGUGGCCCAGGUGGCACAGGAUGGUACCUCCCAUUGGGUAACAUGCCAGUCUCAACGUCUUGUGGAAGAAGGCUGCAUGCAAGAGAACCGGCUCCGGUAUGACCAGACCCGCUACCCCUACUCCACUCCCCCCAUGACUGAACCUUUGUACUCCAACUUCAAUGGCCCCAAUGCCAAAAGUAACAGCCAAGCACUGCUUCGUGGUCUCUAUGAAGGCGAGACAGCGGAUCCUUACCUGGUGUCAUUCCUGGACCAUUGCCGACGGCCGGAGGGCUUGGAAGACCAAACCCUGGAAGUGGAUCUGGAGGACCAUGUUAGCUUCUGGUAUAAAUCCUUUUGGUAUCUGAUUGACUUCAAGUGGAAUGCCCAACAAGGUGUAUGGAAAUUCCGGCGGAAGGGGGAUUUCAAACCAUCUCUUCUUCCCACAGGAAUGUCGGAAACUGCGGUUGAACUGGAUGCUCUGGAUGGCACCCCAGUGCAUCUACAGUGGUUGGAACCGGAUGAAUUGGCAAAGACUUUGGGUAUCCUGAUGUCCCCCUGCUCAAACAGGAAAGCACAACUGGCGGUGAUGCAGGGGAAAGCAAAAGCAUGGGCAGAUCAGAUCCAACCUAGCUUCCUCCACCGCUAUGUUGUCCUCCCUCUCCUUUGCACCACAAUCCAGAAGACUUUGGAGUACCCCAUGGCGCUCACCUUCUUCUCUCAACAGGAGUGGGACCAGCUCCUAUCCCCAGUGCUCAGGGCGGCACUUCCAAAGGCUGGUAUCUGCCGCAACUUUCCUUGUGCUAUGGUCUAUGCCCCUAUUGCACUCCAAGGAGUGGGUGUCCCUCAUCCCUACGGUCUCCAAGUCAUCAAGCACUUGGAUAUGCUACUUUGCCAUCCUGCCAAUAAGACCAAGACAGGCGCCUUCUUGGAGGCUAUCCUUCAGGCACAUCAGCUUGAAACCGGUACCUCAUACGGCAUCUUCCAACAAGUCUAUGCCAACACCUCCAUCCUGGCGUCUGACACAUGGGCAAAGCGGACCUGGAGUGAACUCGACUCUCUCUUCAUCCACCUGGAGUUUGAUUCCCCCUCUCUUCUGCCACUACGCCAAGGAGACCAACUGUUAGUUGACUUGUUCAUCAAUUCUUUGGUGGACCAACUUACUUUGAAAUGGCUCAACUGGUGUCGGAUCUUCCUGCACGCAGUGACUCUUUCUGAUAUUGUGAAUGCUGAAGGGAUGGCAAUUACUCUGAAAGCAUGGAAAGGGCUAAGAGCGGACAGCUGUUCUGAUCGGUACCAAUGGCCCUGCACUGCUCGUCCUUCUCCGUUAGGCCUGUGGCGUUCUGUUGACUUAUCCUGGAAGUGGCAAUACUCCCCCUCUACCAAUACCCUGUUCCACCGUGAGGGUCAACUAUGGAUCCCUUCCGUUCCUCUUGCCUCCACCAGCCGUCAGCGCACCUUCCACUUGCCUCGUCGCUUCAACCCUGAUCUCCCACCUCUACCAGUGGACGCUGUCCGCGCCUCGGUCUCUGUCUUCCCUAGCCGUUCUCCAAUCCACAAGAGCCGGGUCCUCCUCCACUCUACGGGCCCUCACCAACCAGCCGAACCACCUGCCCCCCCAUCUUCCAUCCUUGACCUCUGGCAUCACUUUGGCAGUCUGGCUGAAUCAGGUUCUCACGGCUGGGUUCCAGAGGUCAUUACCAUUGAAGGUAGUGAGGACCGCCUGGUUCAGGCCCUUCGCGCCGGUACCCUUUGUGCUGUGAGCGACGGCUCUUACAAAGCUAAAGUGGGCACAGCAUGCGCUCAAAUUCUCACUGAGGACCGCAGGGAUAUCAUCUGGAUCACCUGCCAAACCCCUGGGAAAUUUGACGACCAGAGUUCCACGCGCAGCGAAUUGAUUGGCCUUAUGGCCUCUCUCCUGGUGUUGGACUGGAUAUCUCAGGUCGCCCACCUGAAACUCUUUGCCAGCCAACCGUCGGUUGAGAUGGCCUGCGACGGGCUCAUAGCUCUUGAUAAGUCCUUCUCCGAAUUCCACCUGUCAUCGUCUGGUGCCCAAUUUGAUCUGGCCUCAACCAUCCGGGCCUUACUUUGCCACCUUCCCCUCCAAGUUUAUCGGCGCCAUGUUAAAGGCCACCUGGACAAGCACCGGCCUUUCUCCCAACUGGACUGGUGGGAGCAGCGCAAUGUGGAAGUAGACUCCAAAGCACAAUCCUACCGCCGCCUGCUGGAGUCUACGGGCCGCUUGGCUGCCUCCAACCCCCGCUUCUUCCACGAACCUGUGUCUUUAUUCAUUGACGGUGUUAAGUCUUCCAAACUGGAUCAGGCUCACAUCAUGGAGCUAGUCUCUCUUCCUGCCCUUUGA